AUGCUUAGAGUCAAACGAUAUGGUUUUUGGGGUCCUGUUCCUUCUGACAAAGAGGUUAUAGGUGAAGGAUUACCUCGUCGUAAUUAUCUUUCACCUGAUAAAUUAACCGAUAAUCCACCUGGUGCAACCACUUUAUACGAAAAUUUUUUACAUGGAAUUAAAGCUUCUGGUCCUUAUGUUUGGCAAACUUAUACAGAAGUUGAAAAACGUGUUAGUAAUUUUGGAUCUGGUCUAAUGAAAUUAGGCGUAAAUGCCAAAGAAACAAUUGGCUUCCUUUCAAUUAAUCGACCUGAAUAUAUAAUUGGUGAACUUGCAUGUUAUCAAUAUGGACUUAUACCAGUCCCGCUUUAUGAUACUUUAGGAGACGAAGCAAUUAAAUAUAUCAUCAAUCAAACUGAUAUGGAAUAUGUUUUAACUACUUCAAAUAAAGCAAAAAGUCUUAUUUCAUUGCAUGAAUCUGUACCAAAACUUAAACAUAUUAUAAUUAUGGACGAUUUGGUAGAUGACGAUUUAAAUGAUUUAAGACAAUUAAAUAGCAACAUUCAAAUUAAAAAACUCACAUCUGUAGAGGCUGAUGGCGCUAUUAAUCCAGUAGAAGCCAUACCUCCAAAACCUGAUGAUAUUAGUACUAUCAGUUAUACAUCUGGUACGACCGGUUUACCGAAAGGUGUUGUCUUAACUCAUAAAAAUAUAUUGUCAACAGGUGGAUCUAUCGAGUUCCUUAAUAGUAAAGGCAAAAUGUUUGGUUCAUCAAAAGACAAUGUUUACAUUUCAUAUUUACCAUUAGCGCACGUGCUAGAAAAGGUUAGCGUUACCAGUAUGAUAUAUGCUGGUUCUGCAAUUGGUUUCUAUCAGGGUGACACUUUGAAAUUAUUGGAUGAUAUUUCCGAGUUGAAACCAACAAUAUUUGUUUCAGUACCGAGAUUACUUAACCGUGUAUACGAUAAAGUUAUGGCUGGUGUUAAAUCAAAAGGUGGCAUAACGCAAUUUUUAUUCAAUACAGCUUUUAAUGUCAAGAAAAAGAAUUUAAGUAAAGGAACCGUUGAACAUAUAUUAUGGGAUAAAAUAGUCUUUCGUCCUAUUAGAGCUAGACUGGGCGGUAGAGUUAAGUCUAUUUUAUCAGGUUCCGCGCCUAUUUCACCUGAUGUAAUGGAUUUCUUGAGAAUUUGUUUUUCAGCUGAUGUAUAUGAAGGUUAUGGACAAACAGAAAAUGCUGCAGGUAUAACGAUUUCAUUAUUAGGUGACACCAAUUCGGGUCACGUAGGUGCUCCUCAAACUUCUGUUGAAGUUAAAUUGGUUGAUGUGCCAGAUAUGAAAUAUUUUUCAAAUGACAAGCCACUUCCAAGAGGGGAGAUUUGUGUACGCGGCAAUACUGUUUUCCGUGAAUACUAUAAAAAUCCAGAAAAAACCGCAGAAACUUUGGAUGAAAAUGGUUGGUGUCAUACUGGUGAUGUGGGAAUGUGGGAUAAACAAGGCAGAUUGGUUGUUAUUGAUCGAGUUAAAAAUAUUUUCAAAUUGGCUCAAGGAGAAUACAUUGCUCCUGAAAAGAUUGAAAAUACCUAUCAAAAACAUGAGCUAGUAUCACAGGCAUUUGUACAUGGCGAUUCGUUACAAGCAUCAUUGGUUGGUAUUAUUAUACCAGAUCAAGAAAAUUUAACAGCUUGGGCUAAAAAUAAUGGAUUUGGUGAUAAAAGCUUUGAAGAAUUGUGCAAAGAACCAAAAGUUAAAGAACAUAUUAAAACAGCUUUACAAAAAUUUGGUAAAGCCAACGAUUUAAAAGGGUUUGAAAAUAUUAAAAACAUUUACUUAACAUCUGAACCGUUUUCCGUAGAAAAUGGGAUGCUCACUCCUACUUUUAAAUUGAAAAGACAUCAAGCUAAAUUACACUUUAAAAAACAAAUUGAUGAAAUUAAAGAACCAAAUAUCUCGGAAUGA